AGGCCGUGGCCGAGUGAAGGCGGCGGUCGCUGCACCUCAAGCUCACUGUUCAGCCAGAAGUCAAUGGCGAACUGGAAAGGAGAGCAGUAUUUAACUGCUUGUAAGCCACAAUGGCUGACAUUGCAAGCCAAACUGCGACCGAAGCAGUGUCGCAAGGUGUGCUUACUGAAAGUUCUUUUAAUAUAGACAAGAGUGAAUCAUCCAAAGGUGGGACUUUGGCGGGUGCGAGCAGUGGUGGUGAUGGUAGCGUUGUUCUCGCUGUUCCUAGCAUGCCUGCUUACCCUUCGCCCAUAACUGAGAACAAGACUCGUAGCGGUGAAGCAAUAGGCAUUGUGAAUUCUAGUUUAGAGGACAUUUCUUGCGGGACAAAGAAGAAAAAAAUACGCAUAGUUAAGGGAGCGAACAACGUGCAGCGGAACUCAGAGUCAGACAGCCGUGCUAUUAAAGCCGGAGGUGAGCUUCACAAGCAAGUCAGUGUAGCUGCAGGCAAGCUCGAGGUAGGUUGUGCAAAGCUUAACUUGGCCACGAAGAUGGAGCGAGUUAACCCCGAUAUUUGCACCUAUGGUCGUUCUAGCAGUCCUUAUCUUUCUUCUGAGAAUGAUUGGGAGGCCAGCGAUCAUAGCGAUACUGAUGCGGAUCACAGUGAUAGCAGCGAUGAUGACAAUCCCACAUCGCAAGUCGACAGAAUGAUCGAAAGAGGAGCAAGACUCAUCAUGGAUGGUGAAAAUUCAAACUUAUCAUCAGAAACUGAUGAUACUGACGACAGUGACGAUGAUGAGAACUUUGAAAGCGACAGUGACAGCGAUAUCACUGAUGUAUCCCCCUUAGUAUCGAACUGCUCAAGCCCCUUUAGCUUCUCACCCGUUCUCACGCGAAAAACUCUUCCCUCAGCCACAUCUGCUAAACCAGCAUUUAUGCGGCACUAUAGCCAUCGAGGACACGAAGGCGACGUCGAGGAUGAAAUAGAAGAGGAAAGCCAUAAGCAACACCAGUACGCAAAACAGGAAUUCAGCAACGACGAUUUCUACGGAAGUGCUUGUGAUCCCAGCGUUGACUCAGACAUGUCCUUAGUUGUCCAAGCUCUGUUGAAAAUUGGGCUUGAAUCUAGAAGCAACGGAGCGGAUUACGAGAAAAAUAAAAACUUACAAGAAUUGAACAACCACAAUUUACCUCCAUUGGAUUCCGCCUCAAAAAUAAACGCCAUUCAAGUCAAUCCACAUCACAGACACCUCAGAAAAAGCUCGAUACCUAGGCGAAAAAAUAUGUCAUUCACAAACGAAGAAGUAAGAAUAAUUAAUCGUGAUAACUCAAUUAUUUUAGAAAAAUUAUUAGCCGUAAGCAAUAGGAGCGAAAAGUCCCCGUACAGUCACGCCGGGGUAAAACAUUCUAUCUCCAAACCGUCGAAUUCUUCCAUCAAUCGGCGCAAGCAAGAAGACGGAAUUAAGAAGGAUAAUUUGGCUUUGUUACGGCGACUACAAGACGUCAAGCCAUCCAGAUCCAUUACAUGCUCAGCAUCAUCAUCGCAUCCUUCUCGUCACCACCAUCAUCACAGAAGCAGCGGUCACCACCAUCACCCCAGACAGCAUCACAAUUCCUUGAGCUCACCAGCACGGUCGUGUAGUGCCACAGCCAGGCAGACGGCGUUUCCCAGCGAUCAUCACCAUUCUCCUAAAGAGACGGCUCUCUAAAUCUCACGAGUGCCUUCGUGUGUAUUAUCAAAUGCAACGGAACUUUUGCACUAUUUAAUGGUUUAAAUCAAUAUCAUGAGGAAAACUACCGUUACAACAUAAGCUUUUCGAAAUACUGUACGAAACGCAGAACCCUGUACAUCGUAGACUUCGCUUCUUCGCACUUGAUUCGUUUUAAUUUUAUGCAUGGAACUUCGAAGAGUUUCUAAGAUAUCAAUAUUAUUCUCCCGGUAUAUACGAUGUGAAUUAUCCUCAGUUGAGCUGGGAUUUUCAUCAUCAAAAUAGAUGCGUCAGAAUGCAGCAUAAGGACAUCCUAGAAAGAAACUCAUACAAGUUUCGACAGGGCUUAUUUCGCUUGUAUUUAAGCUCAUAGCCACCUUGGUUUAGCUCUUUCCAUGUAUGAAUUGGUAAGCGACCUUAAUGAAAUGAUUCAUUCCCAAGGAUGAAUGUUGUCGCUGUAAUUGGUGUGUAACAUUCCAUGUGGCGCACGUUUCAAAUGCAAGUCUCUUGAUAGUUGCUCGAAGAAGAUUUUUUUAAUAGAAUUUGAUCCAGUCUAAAAUAUGUUCUCAUGUGUGCUAGUGCAUCUCUAUAUUUGUCUUUGUUGUCAGUCGUUUUUAAUAAUUUCAUGUUUUUGUACUUAAAUAUUUACGGUCUUUUAACGCAUCGAUUACAUGUUCCGUAGAAUAGGAGUUUAGGAGGGAGGCUUAAUUGUUUCACUGCACAUCCUUUUAUGGAACUUUCUGUAUGACGUUCCCGCUCAACAGCUUUUUAGAUUUUUCUUAUAACUGAUUCCGCAUUUAAUACGGGGAUUGAUUCUCGAUCAGCAAUACGAUCGUCGCAGGUUGAGUGCCAAUUCUGCGAAUGUUUUGAUUCGUUAAUGGAGCAUUGCGUUUUGGAUGUUGUCCUCACGAUAUCAUAGUUAUCAUCGUAUUCCAGAGUAAGAUCGCCCGUGUAAUGUUCUGGUCGGCCUAAAUUUAAUUUACCUCAGGCUUCUUUCAGUGAAGGCUCUCUCAGUUGAUGCCUGUGCGCAUUUUUCCUUGAUUCGUCAUGCACUAGUUUCUGACAGCGCGUGCAUGUAUAGUUGGCUCCUAGAUUAACUGGUAGAUUUUAAAUUGCAUUGCUUCAAUUCUUGCCUGUUGCUAAUUGGCCAUUUCCGCUAGUGUGUGACGGAUUCAGAUCAAACUUGAAACGAACGUACGAUAAAGUUUACCAUAUCACUUUUCAAGUCCCAAAAUCCCAAGUUCACCUCAAGUUACCAUGUAACAACCUACUGUGCUCGAGUGAAACGUUCCAGUAUAACUAUUCUUCCUUCCCACUUGGCAUGAUUUGAACUCUCUCCUAUUCCCUUUUAACCCAGUUAUUCGCGAUGAACUGUAACUGAGGUCAGAGUCCGCUGUGUACUCGAUUCUGUUGUAAAUAAUUUUGUACUCGUCUUUCAGUUAGGAUCGUUUUCUUCUGAACAAUAAAUAUUAGUUUUUUUG